UUGUCACGGAAUUGGAUGGUUUAAGAUUUAAUUCACCACCUCUUGGUACAGCAGCAUCUGAUGCAAUUGCAUUUCUUGAACAAGCAAUGUCAAACAAAAAGAAACUUAAAAUUCAGACGAGUAGGGGAAAUUAUGUAUCUGGAAUUAAUUUUAGUGAAGAAUUUGAUUUUGGUGAUGGCGAAGAUAAAAAGAAAAAUCUAGACGACCUUAUUCUAGGAAUUUGUUUAUGGCAUGCAAAGAAUCAAGAAGAAAAUGGUUCUUAUAGUAAAACAUCUAAAGAAAAAAUUAAUAACGAAAAAGAAGCUGUCGUAUUACUCACUAACGAUCGAAAUCUUCGGAUCAAAGCACGCGCUAGAGGAAUUGAUGUUAUAGGAGCACAGGAUCUUGCAGGAUUGAUAUGA